AUGGAUGAAGAUAUUGUGCAAUCUCAAAGACCUCGACUCCUGUCUGGCUCCCUCACUCCAUCGGCUGGACCUCUCUCUCUCAACGUCAUAGCCUCCAUUCACAGUGUGAUGGUGAAGAGUCCAGCAUCGAUCUCCCCUCGUCCGGAGCCACCAGAUCUGAUUCUUCCGAAACCACAGGAGCUUUCACCAGUGCCAGAGCCACCCGACCCUCCACCGGCUCCGACUUCGUAG